AUGGCCACGGCAAAGAUCGCCACGCUGGCCAUACGCACGCUGGCCAAACCCAUCGCCACGCAGCUAAAGAGCCAGGCGGCGCAGCACGAAACCUUUCGCAACAUCUGCAUCUCGCUGGCGCAACGGAUGCACCGCACCGAAAUGGCGCUACGGGCCAACCUGCUCCCGACGGGCGCCACGCAAAAGGUACGGCCGCUCAACGACGCAAAGGCCAUCGCCAACGGCGCCAACGCCAUAUCCGAGGGCUUUCUCUUCUUUGUCGCCGCCACCCUGAUCCUCGGCGAGACGUACCGCGGGUCGCGGAAGAAGGCCGAACAGCGCGAUCGCACCGAAGAGGAGCUGGGACGGCUAAAGGAGCAGAUGAACCGCUUCGCCGUGCACAUGGGCGUCGACAUGGACGUCAUUGAGCGACAGCUUGAUGAGGAGAGGAAGAGGAAGGAGGAUGGUUCGGAUCCGGCCUCGGUGGCGGACGAGGAGGGCGGUGGGGAGGGCGGGACCGUGGAUGAGGACGGGAGACCGGUACCCCUCUUCCCCUCUUCAUCUUCCUCGCUUCGCACGAGUCAGCAACAGCCGCAGCCGCAGAUGAGCCAGGAAGAAGCCAGGACGAGGCAGCUGCAGAGCGCCGUAGAGGUCCUGCUCAAAUUGGCCAUCAAAAACGGCUGGCUACCCGGCGACGAAGGGCUGCAGCUCGACGGCAUCAUGCGCGGCGAACCGGCCCCGUCGUCACCGUCCUCUCCCAACACCACUCCCGCACCACCAUCACCCUCAUCUUCGACCGCCACAGCAUCGACACCCCCCUCAGCGUCGGCAUCAGGUCCAUCCUCCUCAACCCCUCCCGGCACGUCGGCGGAACAGCUCUCGUCUCCCUCGGUCAUCCAGCAGGUCGCUCUGGAGCGGGCGAGGGCGCUAGCCCGGGAAGUGCGCGGCGAAUCGACGACACCGCAGGUGGGCGGCCUCGAAGGUGGGCUCUCCUUCGCCUCGUCGGAUCGAUCUACAGCGUUGCAACAGCAGCAGCAGCAGUAUGGAGGUGGAGAUGGACAGCUCUCGGAUCUCUAUGACCUCCUCGCCAAGAUUAACCGCGAGACGCCCCAGGAUUCGCAAGCGUAG